AUGGACGUAAUGGCAGACAAUAUUGCUCAACCAGGUCUAAAUUUUUCUUUAGGUGCUGCUGCCGAAUUGUUGCAAGAAUAUGAUAGAGCAAUGAGUGCGUAUGAAUCAGCCUUGCGACAUAAUGCUUAUUCUAUUACUGCUUUACAGGGUAUUGCCUCACUUUGUCGGGGAAGAGAACAGUUUCCAAGGGCUAUUGAGUAUUUUCAAAGAAUUUUAAAUAUUGAUGCAAGGAAUGGUGAUAUUUGGGGAUCUUUAGGUCACUGCUAUUUGAUGAUGGAUGAGUUACAAAAGGCAUACGGUGCAUACCAACAAGCAUUGUAUCAUUUACCCAAUCCUAAGGAACCUAAACUCUGGUAUGGGAUAGGAAUACUUUAUGACCGUUAUGGCUCACUUGAUCACGCCGAAGAAGCUUUUUCUCAAGUUAUAAGAAUGGAUUCUAAAUUUGAAAAAGCAAACGAAAUCUAUUUUAGAUUGGGGAUCAUUUAUAAACAACAACUAAAAUACGAACAAAGUUUAGAAUGUUUCAAAUAUAUUUUAAAUAAUCCGCCAAGACCUUUGACAGAAGUUGAUAUUUGGUUUCAAAUCGGACAUGUGUAUGAACAACAAAAAAACUUUACCACUGCCAAAGAAGCUUACGAACGCGUUCUAAUAGAUAAUCCUACCCACGCAAAAGUAUUACAACAACUUGGUUGGCUAUAUCAUCAACAAAGUCCUUUCAGGAACCAAGAUGUGGCAAUCUCUUAUUUAACUAGAUCUUUAGAGUCAGAUGGCAAUGAUGCACAAGCUUGGUAUUUCCUUGGACGUUGCUACAUGGCUCAACAAAAAUACGGCAGAGCGUACGAGGCUUACCAACAAGCAGUUUUUCGUGAUGGAAGAAAUCCAACAUUUUGGUGUUCUAUUGGUGUUUUAUACUAUCAAAUAAAUCAAUAUCGUGACGCGUUGGAUGCUUAUAGUCGAGCAAUUCGUUUAAAUCCAUACAUUAGUGAAGUAUGGUACGAUCUUGGCACAUUAUACGAAUCGUGCAACAAUCAAGUAAAUGAUGCGUUGGAUGCAUAUCAGCGAGCUGCUGAAUUAGAUCCAGCAAACCCUCAUAUAAAACAAAGAUUGCAGAUGCUUAGAAAUCAACAAACUCAAGGUGGCCAAACAACUGCGCCGAUUCCUCAGGAUAUAAACCCUCAGGCUUUUCAACAACAAACAAAUCCUAAUUCAAUGUUUGGAAAUAAUCCCGGACCAUUAUUAGGUUCUAGCUCCUCAUCUUCAACUUUAAUCCAACGUGAUAUGUCUCGUAAAUUGCCACCGAUGAAUGCCACCCUUUCACCAACACCAACUCAACCCACUCCGUUAAUACCUCCAAUAUCAACUCAUAUUCGUGACUCAACAAGAUCUAAUUCUCCACCACCAACACAAUUGCCGCCUCCAAUACAAAGACCAUCAUCUCCCUCAUUGGUAGUAUCUAGUUCUCCACCCCCACCUUCAUCACUUUCACAAUUACCACCUCCGCCUACACAACGUUCAUCCCCUCCUCCAUUAGUGUCUCCAUCAUCGCAACAACAUCAUCACCAUUUAUUUCGUGAAGAUGGAGUGAAUAAUUAUAAGCCUUCUGCACGUCAUUCUGUUUACUUGAGAAAUGAACCACGAACUAGGCAACAAUUAUCAAUUAUUUGA